AUGCUCUCAAGAAGUGUAGCCACCGCCGCCCGCAUGGUGCCCGCCACCAGGGCGCUGAGGCCCCGUUCGCACCCGCUCGUCAUGCUUCCCUUCAUGAUGCAGACCGUUCGCACCUACGCCGAUUCCGUCAUCAAAGUUCCUCAGAUGGCCGAGUCCAUUUCCGAGGGUACUCUCAAGCAGUUUUCCAAGAGCAUUGGGGAUUAUGUGGAGCAAGAUGAGGAGAUCGCUACCAUCGAGACCGACAAGAUUGACGUUGCUGUCAACGCUACCGAGUCUGGUACCAUCAAGGAGUUCCUCGUUGCUGAGGAGGACACAGUUACUGUCGGACAAGAUCUUGUUCGAAUUGAGCUUGGAGGCGCACCAUCCGGCGACAAGAAGGAGACCCCCAAAGAAGAGUCCAAGGAGCAGCCCCAGAAGUCCGAGUCUGAAUCAAAAUCCGAAUCAAAACCUGAGCCCAAGCAGGAAUCCGCUCCUGAGCCUAAGAAGGAGUCUGCUCCUGCUCCCAGCAAGCCCGAGCCUCCCCGACAGGCCGAGAAGAAGGACUCUAAGUCACAGUCUGCCGCUUCCAGCGUUCCCUCUAUGGGUAACAGAGAAGAGCGCCGUGUCAAGAUGAACCGUAUGCGCCUUCGAAUUGCCGAGCGUCUCAAGCAGUCCCAAAACACGGCUGCUUCCCUGACCACUUUCAACGAGGUUGACAUGUCCAACAUCAUGGAGUUCCGCAAGCUCUACAAGGAGGAUGUUCUCAAGAAGACUGGCGUCAAGCUUGGUUUCAUGAGUGCUUUCUCUCGAGCCUGCGUUCUUGCUAUGCGCGAUCUCCCCGCCGUCAACGCCUCCAUUGAGGGACCCAACGGCGGUGACACCAUCGUCUACCGCGACUACGUCGAUAUCAGCGUGGCUGUCGCUACCGAGAAGGGCCUCGUUACCCCUGUCGUCCGAAAUGUCGAGUCUAUGGACAUGAUUGGUAUUGAGCAAUCAAUUGCCGAUAUGGGCAAGAAGGCUCGUGACAACAAGCUUACUAUCGAAGACAUGGCUGGUGGCACCUUCACCAUCAGCAACGGCGGUGUUUUCGGGUCUCUCAUGGGCACACCCAUCAUCAACCUCCCCCAGAGUGCUGUUCUUGGCCUCCACGCUAUCAAAGAGCGCCCCGUUGUCGUGAACGGCAAGAUCGAGAUUCGACCCAUGAUGUACCUUGCUCUUACUUACGACCACCGUCUGCUGGACGGCCGGGAGGCUGUGCAGUUCCUUGUUAAGGUGAAGGAGUACAUUGAGGAUCCCCGACGGAUGCUCCUGUAA